UUCACUUAGUGGCAUCAGAAACAACACAUAGGAUGGACUGCAACAACAGCUGCACUAUCUCAGACCCGGGUCACAAAGACCGGUGGUGCGUCGUGUGCCCGGCGAUAGCCCUUUUCAUAACGGGGUUGAUUGGUAACCUCAUAGCUCUUUGGAUUAUUUACCGACACAAAAUAGUUGCCAGGAGCAAUCCAGUUUCUGUUUUCUAUGUGCUGGUAUCGGGACUGGUUUGGACGGACCUGCUAGGCAAAGUUUUACUGAGCUCGAUGGUACUCGCAUGUUACUCACUUUCCAAGUGUCUGAUGGACAUAAGUGAGUAUCUGUGUCACACCUUUGCGCUGCUGAUGUCCUUCUUUGGCUUGUGCUCCAUGCUGAUUUUGCUGGCAAUGGCUGUGGAGUGCCUGCUCUCCCUAGGAUAUCCUUACAUGUACCACCGAUACGUUACGCGGAGGCGAGCUUUGCUGACUUUGAUCAGCAUCUACGCGUUCUCAGUCCUCUUCUGCCUGAUGCCAUGCUUCGGCUUCGGAAAGUACAGACAGUACCUGCCCGGUACCUGGUGCUUUAUCAGCCUGAACGAGUCAGAAGGGAUCGGCAAGGCUUUCUCCCUGAUAUACGCCACCUUCUUUGCGUUGGCCAUUCUUGCCGUGGUCAUUUGCAACUUGCUGGUGAAAAUCAACCUGAUGAAGAUGUACAGGCUCACCCGCUCGCAGAGCAUCUGCAGUGCCUCUUCGAGAGGGGAGACCCCUCCGUCGCAGGUUCGUCAUCCUGAGGAGUUGGAUCACCUGGCUCUCCUAGUGCUCAUGACCUUGAUCUUCCUCGUUUGCUCCAUUCCUAUUACGGUCAGGGCGUAUAUUAGGGCCUUUUCCUCAUAUGACUGUGUGGAAGAGGAACAGCGGGACCUGUCAGCAAUGCGCUUCCUCUCAGUCAACUCCAUUGUGGAUCCAUGGGUUUUCAUCAUUUUCCGCACCUCAUGUUGUCGUAAGCUAAUAAACAAACUAUUUGCCAAACGGCGUUUGUCACAUGGGUCUCGGAAGAAGGACACUACUUGUCGCCGCCUUGGGACAGUCACGGAAACGACGGUUACACCUUGUCCGGCCAAUGGUGUGCAAUUGUUGGAAACGUAGGCAGUGAAAGCGAGUCCAACUGUACAGAAAGUUCGCCAAUUUAACUAAUCUAACGCUACUCCAGUACGCAAUCGUAAUUUAUUUGGCUUG